GCUACCAGUGCCACAAAUCGGACCUGCUGUCUCUCCACGCUUAAACCAAAUUGAGAGGAACCAAGCCAUCGGACGUCUGCAAGCUGGAGAGUCUGUCCGCUUCGGUGAAGGUCAUCGGUGCUCUGUGUGGUGUAUCGACGCUGGAGACGUGUGAAGAAGAUGACAGACUGUCAAGCAGACGGGGAAGGAGCCAGGAGUCCAAUGGAGCUGUAUGAGAAACUGAACGCACAAGGAGAAAAAGUUAGAUCCUUGAAAACAGCUAAAGCAGAGAAAGCUGAAAUUGAUGCUGCUGUCCAGCUGCUGCUAAAGUUGAAAGUGGACUACAAACAGAUGACAGGUAAUGAUUAUAAAGCUGGAUGUCCACCGUCAGAAAACGUGGUGAUGUCAGACAACGGGCUGGCAGCAGAUGGUGCUGAUGAUGAAGACACAGUUGAUCCAUGGAAUGUUGCCACCUCUAAUGCCAAAGGAGUAGAUUACGACAAACUCAUAGUGAGGUUUGGCAGCAGUAAAAUUGACCAGGAGCUGGUGGACAGAAUAGAAAAAGUCUCGGGACAGAAACCUCAUCGCUUCCUACGAAGAGGAAUCUUCUUUUCACACAGAGAUAUGCACCAAGUACUGGAUGCCUACGAGAAGAACAAGUCCUUCUAUCUUUAUACUGGAAGAGGUCCAUCCUCCGAGGCCAUGCACGUUGGUCACCUCAUUCCCUUUAUCUUCACCAAAUGGCUUCAAGAUGUGUUUGACAUCCCUUUGGUGAUUCAAUUGACUGACGAUGAGAAGUAUCUGUGGAAGGAUUUAACGCUAGAAGAAUGCCACCGCUUCGCUGUGGAAAAUGCCAAGGACAUCAUCGCCUGUGGCUUUGAUGUCAACAAGACCUUCAUCUUUUCUGACCUCGACUACAUGGGUUCAUCCCCUGAAUUCUACAGAAAUGUGGUAAAGGUCCAGAAGCAUGUCACAUUCAACCAGGUUAAAGGCAUCUUUGGCUUUACAGACAGCGACUGCAUUGGUAAGAUCAGCUUUCCAGCCAUCCAGGCAGCUCCGUCCUUCAGUAACUCCUUCCCACAGAUCUUCGGAGGCAAAAAAGAUAUACAGUGUCUCAUCCCCUGUGCCAUAGACCAGGACCCUUACUUCAGGAUGACCCGUGAUGUUGCUCCAAGGAUCGGCUAUCCCAAACCUGCCCUGCUGCACUCCACCUUCUUCCCAGCCCUGCAGGGGGCGCAAACUAAGAUGAGCGCCAGUGACGCCAACUCCUCCAUCUUCCUCACUGACACACCCAAGCAGAUCAAAAACAAGGUUAACAAACAUGCAUUUUCGGGAGGAAAAGACACCGUGGAGGAGCACAGGAAGUACGGUGGCAACGCAGAUGUGGAUGUGUCCUUCAUGUACUUGACCUUCUUCUUGGAGGAUGAUGAGCAGCUGGAGAAGAUCAAACAGGACUACACAAGUGGAGCUCUCUUGACAGGAGAACUGAAGAAGAUUUUGAUUGAGACGCUGCAGCCGAUGAUUGCCCAGCAUCAAGAGAGACGCAAACAAGUCACAGAUGAGAUGGUGCAGCAGUUCAUGACACCCAGGCCUUUAAAUUUUCACUUCUAGCUCGCUUGAAGCAUCGGAGCUCAAGUUUCGUCGUGUGAUUAAUCUCAGUACAUGAACAAAAAGGAAUCCAGCUUAAUUCAUUUAAACUCUGUAAUUUGUGAUGGGAAGAUGGACAUUUUCUCUGAAAGUUUGCAUCAGAACUGAGGAAAAAUUUCAAUGUAAAUCAAAUGUAAAUGUAAGUCACUGCAUCAAUGAUGUGCUUGUCUGUGUCACAUUAGGCAUGACAUUGUCUACACUUUCAUGCUAACGGUCAUCCGACUUGUUGGCUUCACGCUUUUUUUGUCUUCAUGAGGUGUUUGUAUUUGCAGCUCUCUCAGAAGUGGAAGACAAUUAAAGCGGAGUGCAAAUAUAUAUCCUUGCAAAACCUGACCAACAUCAAAUACAGCUACACAUCCUCCUUGUGAGUCUCAUUUUACUCUGCAUCAACAGCCUUCUUCACAAACAGUGUUACUAUGUGAUUAUCAAAAGCAGUAUGGGUACGAGGUAUGUUAUGAGACAGUUUGUGUGUACACCAGGCUAUUUUGUUCAAAGGAACUAAAGCGGAUGUAUUUGUUAUCAGCAAAACAGACAACUUUCCCGAUACAGUGUCAAUAAAGAAAAAGUUUAAUUCAA